UUCCCUCUGUGGCUGAGGCAGCUGGGGAUUAAAGCAAACUUUCCAGGAAACAAGCCACUCAGCUUGAGAAGUCUUUUACUAUAGGAAAGGGGAGCCAGAGGCACUACCCCCUCUGCUUCUUGUUUCUGUGUGGAAAAUUACUGCUGCAAGAAGGAAGUCCAGAGAGCUGAGUACAUUGUUACAGUAAGUUUUCUGCACAUCCUGUAAACGGGAGCGAGCACAACUCUGUUGACAUGAGGAACAGAAGCCUUCCUGCAGUGACCCUUUUCCUGUGUAUUUCUGUGGGUGUAAAUGCAAGUACAGUCCUGAUCCAAUCACCAGGAGUUGUGAAGGUGUGUGAAGGUGGAACGGUGCAGAUACAGUGUGUCCUGGAGAGUGACAAUGUGGAAUACACUGUGGAUAAAUACACUGUACACUGGUACAACUCACGCAACAAACUGACAGCUGAAGAAUCAGUAUUUCAUCUUACCGAUACUGGCAAAGUUUACAGGUCAGAUGGCUUCUCCGAUCGAUUUCAGCUUUCCAGGAAUAUCGCCACUAACAGCUACUCACUGACCAUCAGCAACGUGAUGGUCAAUGACUCUAAAUUUUACAUCUGUGGCAUUUGGGGGACGAUCUUUGGAAAGGGAACCCAGCUGAAUGUGACCAGUGCAGACGUUCCUGUCCUUAUCCAGUCCCUGAGCAUACAGCGUGUCACUGAGGGUCACACGGCGUGGUUAUGGUGUACCAUGAGCAAAACCAGGCUGGAAGACACUGAUGUCCACUGGUAUCGGAAACUACCUGGGCAGGACAUGGGGUGGAUUUUAACACACAGGGCAGGAGGCAGAUCAGAGAGGGGACAGGGUUUCACUAGGAAGGUCCUACCCUACAGAGACACGUCCAACAACAGCUUCGCCCUGGUGCUCACAGACGUGGUGCACAGUGACUCUGGCGUCUAUUACUGCAGAGUGUGGGGAGACAUCGACGGGAACGGCACCCAGCUCAUCGUAACCAAGAUGUCCCGAGCCCCACCGUACCUGGCCUGGCUCAUUCUGGCUGUCGUGCUGGGAGUUCUCGCUGUCACUGGAGGCAUUUUCCUCAUCAGACGCAGAGCGUUUAGAAACCACCCGUCCCACCCACCCACAGAAACUGAUCACCGGAGCCCAGGGGCAGAUUAUGAAAAUGUUUCCGUGGCCAGGGGUGUCCUGGGUUCAGGAGGUCACCAGGUCGAUUCAAACAACACCUACACGGCUCUGCAACGUCCCACUCAGUCCAUCUACGGUCAUCUCCAAGCCGAUAACAAACCACCGUCUCGCAGCUGAACCACAGUGGGAAUCGGUCUGUGUGGGGGGAGGAACCCCGGAUGGAUUUCUGCACAGACACACUCAUCAGACGUGGAAAAGUCUAAGGCCCAGACGUUCUACUCAUU